UCUAUGCAUGUCAGUUCAGGCCAGGAAGAGGAAUCCAGCUAUUCCCAACCUGAGGGACUUCCAACUAGGAAUUCAGUUCAUGAUUCAUGCAGACCUAAGGCUCCAGCAUGGCAAUCACUCAUUUGUUACAUUUUUGCAGGAAGUGAAAAACUUGGAUAGUGAAUGCCAGAAGCUAUCAACAGAAUGAUUUUUGUACCUCGUAAUGCUUUCAGGAACUACCCACUUCACUCGGAUGUUAUGAAUAGGGUAAAAAUUGGGAGCAGCAGGAGUAGUAUGGUGUUACGGAUUGGAAAAGGAGAAUGGAAAAAAUGUAAAGCUCCAUCCCUCAGAAAUUAUUCUUGCUUGUGACCUCACUUCCUGGAAAAUAUCCGUCCCACAGACGUUGCCUGUGGUCACCAGUUGCCUUUUCUUUCCUUCUGUUAUCAGUGUUAUUAAGUUUUACAGCAUUUACGUCAUGGGGGUUUAAUGUUCACCAAGCCUUAGCUGCAUGGUCCUUUCCUCCUUCUGGAUAUGUUAAUAUUAGCUAUUCAGAGAAGAGUCAAAGUAAAGAUCAGAACUGACAUUGGAAGAUAAACAGGUUAAGGGGAUUUCUCUCAAAGCUCCCACACAGUAGUCAUGUAUAAUCCAACAAAAGAUGAUGUAUAUGCAUAUGCAUUGUCGAAGACCCUGACAAAAGUUUCCUCACCUGCAACUGUAGGACUCUACUCUUCAUGUCAGAAUCGAAUUAACAUGAUCCUCGGACAAAUGGAAGUGUACAUGAAGCAGGAAGCGUCGAGGAUUGAGCAGGAAUACAAAGGAAGGUUCAGGCCGCGCUCAGCUACACCAUCAUUGGGCGGUUUGCUUGCGCUCAUUGGAAGAAUGCUCUUCUACAGGCCCAUUUGGACAGAGGACAACCUGCAGCAUGAUAACAUCAGAUUCAUUUAUGUGCAUUUCAGUGCCUGGCAUUUUGCAGGCAGUGACUUGCUGUGGGCCGGGCUUGCCAUACGACUGUUUCAGGCCAUGCAGAUGAACUUUGGGAAAUUACAGAUUGUACUCUAUCGAGUGGCUCAACAUGAUGAAGAAAAAGAAAUCGAGAAUAAGAGAGUGGAGGAAGGUCUUAACCAUUGGAGGUCCAAAAAGGUCUGCUGCUGCCCUUUGUGGUUUCUUCUCCUCUGCAUCCUCAUGGUACCACUUUUCAUCCUGGUUUUCAAGUUGACUUUUGGUCUUCCCGAUCCUGAGAUGAAUCCAGGUGGAGCAGUGAAUGGAACAGACACAAGCAAGGUAGGAGUGUUUGAGGGCCUGAUCAUCACUUCCAUUGGACUCCCUGCAGUAAGCGCAUUGAGGUUUGCCUUUCCGAUGGUUAAGAACCUCAUCUUCAGUCCGAAUCAGAACAUCAGUAAGGGAAUGGACAAUGAGCGGGUCAGCAGCCAACUUGGCUUCAUGAACGAAGUCAGGAAAGAAAUGUGGUUUCUCUCUCAAUUCAUCCAGUUUAUGGAGGUGUUUGAGAGAAGGAAGAUCAGAGUGGUACUGAAGAUCACCAAUCUUGACCGCUGCUCCCCAAAGAAGAUAGUUGCAGUUUUGGAUGCCAUUAACAUUCUGCUUUCAGAUGAGGAAAGUCCAUAUAUUUCCAUUCUGUCCGUAGAUCCAGAUGUUCUUGUGCAGAAAGUGAACUUUGCAGAUGGUUGCUUCAGCAAACAAGACAGAGCUUAUGCACUGUUGAACGGAAUCGUGACUCUGGCCUUUACAGUCCCACCACUGGGUGAUGACUCAAAGCGCAGUUUAUUUUACAACCUCGCUAGCAAUUCAAAAUCCCCUGAAGACAUGAGCAAAUAUAAGCAAGGAACUGGGGCUCUCAAAAAAAACUCUUCCUCAGAUUUAUUCUCAGUGGAGUUUGCAAUUGAAACGCAAGAUUCAUAUCCACUGAUGGAUAAAAAUACAGCUGCACUGGAUGUAGAGGACGAGGAAGUAGAGAAGUUGGUUAGGAGCAUCCAGAGCAGCAACGAAAGGAAUCUUAACCAGUACAUGUCAGAGGACGCCAUGUCUAUGAGGAGGGUGAUCAACUCCAUUCGAGUGACUGUGAUAAUCAUGAAGGCAUUGCAGAAAGAGCUUCCUAAACCAGAAUACGUCGCUGCAUGGGUAGUCUUAGCUAAUCAGUGGCCCUGCCGCCUCAGCUGGAUCCUACAGUGUGUGGAAGAUGCUCAGCAGAGAGUAGAUAUUGAUGUUGACAAUGUUCCAAGGGCUUUCGAUUCAAAGACCUUGUGGAAAGUCUUCCAAGAGAGCCGGGCAGAGCUGUAUGUGAUGAGUGCACAGAUUGAGGACCUCCUCGAGCAGGAUGGAGAUCCUGAAAUGUUUGAAAGAUUUCUCACAGUAGAUUUCAAAUUCACCAUAAAGGACUUGAAGACAUUUGAAGAGUCGACAGUAAACCUGGAUCAUUCAAUCAGGAAGCAGCUGGCUCACAUCAGAGGGACAUCCAGGCUGAAAGAUUCUGGCUGGAUGAGGAACCUAGCUCCUCUGCCAAUCACAGCCAUCAUCAAUAUGGAUACAGAAGAUGUAUGUAAAGAGUUGGAGAGGCUGGACUACCACAGUAAGUACAAUGAAAUUGUGAGAAGAAAUAACCUCAAUGGUUCAGCCCUGCUCUUUGGUGAUAGAAAAGACCUCAAAGAGCUUCUUCAAAUGUCCUUUGGUGAAUGGACAACUUUCAGACUGCACUUCCUGGGUGUACCAUCACAUCUCAGACCACCAUACAAGAACAUGGCCCCGACAGCUUCUCAUCCUCAGGCCCAGCCACCAGGACAUCACUUCCACAUUCCUAAUCAGUACUCGUCUAAUCCAAAUCUAGUUAACAGCAUGUAAGAAUCCAAUCCAUGUCCAGUAUCCCUAAAAUGAUGAUCUGUAACACAUAUUAACAAUGUUUAGAGUAACAACACGUGUGCAGAGUUCAGAAGUUUAUUAACAGUGAAGUCAUUACAUUCGCUUUGUUCAGCUACAAGGGCUCGUGUUACUUGAUUUUGCUAAUCUCAUGCAACUGUGACUAAUGAUUUUCACAUACAUGUCCGUUAACUUAAAGAAAAGCCCAACAAUCAAAGAUGUAGUGUUACCUAGAGGUCCAAUCAAGUAGAAAUGAUCGAGACGUGAUCGUACAAUUGUGUUUAUCAUGGACACAUUUUUCAUUUUUAUCAAAUUAUGAAAUGCACAUUUAAUGCUUUUUUUUCAAGGUCCUGGUAUUGUACAUGCUAAAUCAGUCACACCCAUAGCUACAAUGUGACACUUUGGUAAAAGUGUUUGUCACCAAUAACACCUGUGCUUUUCCUUUUAUAAAUACGGAGAAUGUUUGCUGUGAAAGACUUAUGAGUAAGUGUAUUUUUCUAUCAAUGUGCUAUUAUAGGUGGCACAUAGACAGGAUCAGAAGGACAAAAAGCUGUAAAACAUGUUACAUAAGAACACACACUCACAGACCUACUGCUUUUUUACUUUAAAUCAUUUUCCAUAACUAAUAAAUAUACAGCUUUGGAAAAAACAGACCACUGCAGCAUUAUCAGUUGCUCUGGUUUUACUAUGUAUAGGUAUGUCUUGGGAGUUUCUUUAUUGUAUUCUAUAAACUACAGACAACAUUCCUCUGUGUUGGAAUUCAACAGACACUGGAAUGGCUGCCACACAUGUAGAGAUUGAGAUUUAAGAACCACUUGGAGUGGCGUCUUAAUUUUUUCCGGAGCUGUACAUGUACAAAUAAGAAUACCAUCUCAGUCUAAAAUAUGAAGCUCUAGAGGUGCUAUUUUACAGUCAGUCUUUCUGUUUCUGCUCCUCUAUCACACAAACUGUUGGGAAAAUACUGAAUGUAAUCUUUCAAUGACAGAGGUGCACAUGAUCAUGAAGGCCCAAGUUUAUUACAGUGUAUAUGACAGGAUGUAAGAUUAGAAGAACAGGACACACUGUUUUAGGCGUAUGAUAAGCUAUGUGACAACGAUUAACAUGAUUCAGCCUCUAGGAGAUUGGCAUAUGACAAGCAUGAUCCAUUCUGAUGUGGGCCUUCGCUUAUCUGAACAAAACGUUGUAUACCGCUUUAUACCGGUAUUCUUCCAUGUUGUGACUGUAACACCCUCUCCUGUGUAUAAGCACGUUAAGGCGGUUGAUCGGGAGGCUCCUUAAUGCAGAACAUUGCAAACUGAUUUUAGCUUUUAGAUUCAAAUUUGUGUUGACCUUUUUUUAAUUGUUUGUACAGUAACUUUACUCCCAAAUCCAUGAAUGUUUAUUACAAGGUGUGUGAUCUGCCCAUGCCAUACACAAACAACUUUAUGUUCAGGUUGUUGAAAUCCUUUUGAUGCAUGGACAGAGGGAUUGCACUUCAGAGGCAGGACAGGUUUUGCCAGAAUAUAUUUGAUAUUUGACCAAUUUAAAUGUACUAUGUUUACGAAUACUUGAUGAUCCUUAAGAAAACAUAAAUAUAAUUACUGUAUAUGGUGCGGGGAUCUGUAAGUGAAUGAUUCAGGAAACUCAAUAAAAUGUAAGUCCUUACAAUAAAAUGCAAGAGUAACCAAAAAUAAAAAGGCUCAUCAAAGCAAA